AUGUCCGAGGAGAACUCACAUCCACCUGACAUCGCCAUCUCUCGAGCUUCAACUGAGUCUCGAGCCAGUAGCGAGCGAAGUGGCAAACAGCCUGAACAAGCACGAGGCCGACUACCAUCUCCCAAAGUCGACAUGGAGAAUGUCUAUAGCUCUACCUGGCGACGUCGGAGAAGGGAAGCUUGGAGGUAUCGCAACCACAGUCCUGAUGUCGAAUGGCAUAUCAAGUGGACCACUGGCUGCUUCCCAAACGGUCGUGUUCUCAUCAUAGACUAUAUUAGCAACCAGAUUGUCCAAAAGGCCAAGCCCACAGGCAAACGACAUGUCGCUGUUCGCGCGGCUGAGUUCCAGGACCUCGCUAGUCUCGAACAUUUCUAUGCGGACCCUAAGACUGCUCAUAGUGCUGCACUGCGCGUGAUUCAUGUGCAGAAUGCGACAUGGGCUACUCGUUUCCUGCUAAGGAAGUUCAAUGUUGAUCAUCCCAGCGAGAUUGUGGGUAUGCAAGGCUUUUCGAAAUGGGCCCGGUACGAGAAGCCGAGACAGAGGAACGGCAAACCCUUCCCUAAUGGCCGUUCGUUUCGAGAGCAGACGGAUCCUUGGCGCAAUGUAUCACGUACAGCAUUUGGUCUGGACUAUCUGAAGGCUUAUGCAACUGCACCUCCGAACAAGCGUCAACGUCGUACGAUCUUCGGCGACAGACCCGUGGAGGCUAAGAUGAUGCACCUGAACGCCUACGGCGACAACCGAAGUCCAUAUGGUUACGACGUAUCCGUGCAGAGGCUAUCAGUCUAUGUGCAGCGUCCACUAGGCCCACGAGGUCUUGUCAGCCCCGACAUGGACGUCCGCAACCCAUAUCGACACAUAGCCAAUGGCCGUCCCUCUUUCAAGGAGGACAACAAUAAAGUCGACCUCGAUACCCUCGACAACACAAACACCAUCAUCGUCUUCGAGACCUCCGCCUCAAUGAUGCUAGAAGACUGCCUAGUACAACCGCGCAACGACUUCGAACGAAGAUGGCGCCGCCUAUCCUUUUACCUGAAGAAGGAGGAAGCCCUCAACGACUCCCGACUAGCCGCUCAAUGCACCAACAUGAUACUCGCCGACGUUUUUCACGGCCUAGGCGUAGUCUGGGAAGAAUUCCUCGCAGCCGCCACCGACCACGUCAAUAUCCUUGAAGAUAAAGUGUACGAGAAUCCGAGUGACGAAAGCCGCGCGCCCGAACUGUGGACCAACCAAGCAGCAUGGCUCAAAGUCGACAAAGUGAUGUGGGUCCAUCAAGAUCUCAUCAAGGAAAUGCAAACGCAUAUGCGAGAGCUUGCUGAAGUGGAGGUAGAGGAGGAAGAGGAACCGAUGCAGCCGCCAGAGUGGCUAGCGAGUACACCAGCCGAAUAUGAUAAAUUGGGUCAUAGUGUGCAAGAGGAUCUGGUGCAGCCGACGAAUAAUCUGAGCGAUCUCAUGUAUGAAUCUGUCGGAAUCCGGGGUUCGAGGCAGUCUUUGCAGUUGGGACUUAGCAUGUGGAGGCUUUCGUGGAUCACUUUCAUCUUUUUGCCGUUGACUUUUAUGGUUGGUGUCUUCGGCAUGAAUGUAACUUGGUUCGAUCCGCCAACGAACGUUCUGUGGUGGUUCGUUUCUUGUAUUGUCCUGAUGCUGUUUGUGCUUGUACUUUGGUACUGCGUGAAACAUAGCCUGCAACGACGCCGUCAAACACCCUACCAACGCGGCCUGUACGAGCAUCUCUUCACAGAGCUCGAAGACGAAUACCCACUCCUGUGGUCCGGCAGUGGCGCUGCUGAAGACAUCCAACCUCAAGGCUUCGUUAACCACUUCAAAUGGCGACUACUAAAACAAUGGUUCGCGCCCGAGAAGACUAUCAACAAGAAACUUUACAGCUCCCUCUCGCCUGACGGAGACGAUGCUGAGCUUGGUAGCUGGGCACGAACAAAACGAUACCUAUUCCGUCGCUGGCUCCCGGAGAUUCGGAGGAGCCAGAUUCCAAACCCUGGCAAUACUCUUGCGAUGGCUGAGCUAUGA